CCAGGAAAUUCCAGGCAUUCGUGACAAAACUGCACAAAACGGGCUGGAUGCACUCAAGCGCUUUAUGAUCAGACAAAUCAAAUUCUUUGCCUCUCAUGAUCUUCAGAUGGCUCUUGAAACAAACAUGCCAAAGACAAAUCUCACAAGACCGAAGCUCUAUCGACAAGAAUUGGAGGACUUUCCUGAAACCCUGAAGAUUGUGAAAGAAAAGCUGCAACCUAUCAGAGAAGCAUUUAAAGAAAGACAGCAAAAGUAUGCAGAUGCCACAAAUGCUGAAUUAAAAGAGGCACACAGAAUUGACAACAUUUUACAAGCCAUCGAAAGGCAACUGGAUAGAAGAAAUUCAC